AUGGCCACUCUGUCGCAUCACCAAAGACCCACGGUAAACCAGUCUGCCUCUCCUUCUGAUACACUCGACCAGGAUACAAACACUCGCGCUAUCUCACCUUCUUCAACUAUUACUCCACGCUCUUCGCCUCCUCUUCAACCACCACCCGCACCACCUGCAGACGCUACUACCACUGGAUCAGUAUCAGGAUCUGGAUCAGGAACGAACGCACCCGUCUACGUCCCAUACCGCCCAGAGCCAGGUCACAGUCACCACCGAACUACUUCCUCGGUCUCGAGAUUGAACAACCGUUCUUCAAGCAGCCUCUUCGCCUUGGCCGCCUCUGCCUUUGACCGCACGCAAAACGCAAUUGCUGCUAUUUCAGAGCCAUCCAUCCGACCUCGACAGUCUAGCGGUGCUCUUUCAAGGCUUUCGUUACUCACCAGCUCUUCACCCUCGUCCGAACCCUCCAGUCCGGACAAGUACCACCGUCUUCGAAGCUCUUCGAACCAGUCUCUUACGUCGGGCGCAACCGUGGACGGAAAACUAGCUUCCCAGGCUCUGCAGGCGAACAACCCGCCCUCGCAGCCUUACACAUCCACAGACCCGAACCAUCCGCUUCCCUAUAAGUCCUCCACAGCCGCCAAGAUGCAUCAAACAUCAUCGCGCUUGUUGCGCAUGACGGACGAUGACCGGCCAUUCACAAAGGACUUCAAAGAUCUCUUCUCAACUCUUGUUGUCAGUUUACUGCCUCUUUCAGCACACCGUGUCCGAUUGACCAAGGUUGAGUACACCUUCCUGUCUGAGGAUGCCAUCAACAACCUUGGCUCUCUCAAGUUCUCUCAGUCCAACCGUAUGCCUGACCCCAAGGACCCCUCCCGCAUUGUUACCACUACGACAACCACCACGUUCUCCAUGGCUAAGGACAUGGCUCGUUCUAUCUGUCAACGAUUUUUGGAAGCCCGUUUUAUUGAAUCAGCCGAUGGCAAAUACCAGCAGGUUUACACGAUGAAGGGCUCCGUCUGGCAAUUAACCCCCAAGGGUAUCACUGUGUUGGAUAGAUUCUGCUCCAGAAACGGUAUCCAGCAAAAGCAAGUGUCCGAAUUGGCCAACCUUGCUACCACCCAGCUAGUGCUGCUCGAGCGUGACCCCCAGACGGAUAAGCUCCUCCAUGAUCACGGUACAAUUGAAGUUAUUUUCCGCCGUUUCGCUGGAGCAGAGGGCCGCAACAUUAAGUCUACUGUCAACGCUGCCGACUCAGAUUCUUUACACGACUACCGGGAUGGACUUACAGGUGUCAAGAUGGCUGCCGAGCGUAAGGUUAAUGGAAAGACCUACCGCGAUACCUUCACUGGCAAGGCUACCACUGACUGGUUGAUGGACUGUUCGACUAUUGUGGAUAAGAGGGAGACCCUUGAGGUUGCUACCCUCUUCGUUGAAUUCGAAUUGAUGGAGGCUGUUGCCCAGGACCGGGCUUACAUGUCGCAAAAUCCCGGAUGCAAUUUCUUCCAGCCUACCAAGUAUGCCAUCUACCAGCUGUCACAACGAGGAAAGGACAUCGUCAGCGGCGCUGCUGCUCGAGGACGAGCUUCAGAGAGCGAAGGUGGUACCGCAUCCCAGCGAAACGGUAUCACAAGGGAUUCCAACACCCAACGCCUGGACAAGAUCCUGAACGACCCCGCGCUUCGCCUCCUCUUCCGUGAACAACUCCGGGAUACUCACUGUGAGGAAAACUUGUCAUUCUACCAGGAUGUCGACGAGUUUGUGCGUAGCUGCAAGGCUGCCACGCGCGCUGCGCAAAAGGCCCCCAACACCAAUGCUAUGGACGGAAUCAAGGAGAUUAUGGCCUCUGCAUAUGGUAUUUACAACGCCUUCCUGGCUCCUGGAUCUCCUUGCGAGCUCAACAUCGAUCACCAAUUGCGCAACAAUUUGGCCACACGAAUGACCAAGGCUGUUGGUCAGGAUGUGGCUAUGAUUGACACUCUUCAAGAGGUGACGUCGCUGUUUGAAGAUGCUCAAAACGCUGUCUUCAAGCUGAUGGCUAGUGAUUCUGUUCCCAAGUUCCUUCGCAGCCCCAAGUACGAACAGCAAUUGCGGAACUACGAGUUUGACGUCGUCGGCCGAGGCCCUGAGCGAAGCCAAAGCAGGUCCAACCGAAAGUGA